GUGAAGUAGAAACCAUGGCAGCAUUCUUCAGUUCUGUCGCCAUUGUCUUGAUUCUCUGCACUUUUUCCACACUUGGGUUCGCCCCUGGGCUUACAGAGGCCAGCAUAACCAGGCGUUAUACCUUCAAUGUUAGGCUACAAAAUAUCACUCGAUUGUGUCGCACUAAGCAGGUGAUAACGGUGAAUGGGAAGGUGCCUGGCCCUAAGAUCGUGGCUCGAGAGGGUGACCAAGUGCUGGUGAAGGUGGUGAAUCGCGUCUCCAACAACGUCACCAUUCAUUGGCAUGGGGUGCGGCAGCUUCAGACUGGAUGGUCAGAUGGUCCUGCAUAUAUAACACAAUGCCCCAUCCAAACAGGCCAAAGCUACACUUACAAUUUCACAAUAAUUGGACAAAGAGGGACCCUUUUUUGGCAUGCCCAUGUAUCAUGGCUUAGGGCUACUAUUUAUGGUCCCUUUGUUAUUUUGCCUAAGAUAGGGGUUCCUUACCCCUUCCCUAAGCCUCAUAAGGAAAUCCCCAUUGUCUUGGGAGAGUGGUGGACAGCAGAUACAGAGGCCAUCAUCAGCCAGGCAUUGCAAACAGGUGGAGGCCCUAAUAUCUCGGAUUCUUACACCAUCAAUGGACAUCCUGGUGCCCUUUACAAUUGCUCAGCUAAGGACACAUUCAAACUUGGAGUUAGGCCUGGUAAGACCUUCCUUCUCCGCAUCAUCAACGCUGCACUCAACGCUGAGCUCUUCUUCUCCAUUGCCAACCACUCUCUCACUGUGGUCGAGGUCGAUGCCAUCUACGUCAAGCCCUUCACCACCAAUACUGUCCUCAUAACGCCCGGACAGACUACCAACGUGCUCCUCACUGUGAAACCCAACCCAACAAAUGCCACCUUUGCGAUUGCCGCCCGCCCCUAUGUUACAGGACGAGGUGCCUCCGACAACUCCACCACCACAGGGAUCCUCCAUUACCAUAACUCCUCUCUCAGUAACUCUUCAAUCUCAGUGCCUAAGUUUCCCCUCCUCCUCCCAAGCCUUCCUUCCCUAAAUGACACCAACUUUGCCACUAACUUUAGUCGAAGACUUCGCAGCCUGGCUUCCAACCAGUUUCCUGCAAAUGUGCCUCAAAAAGUAGACAAACGGUUCCUGUUUACUGUGGGCCUUGGGACCAACCCAUGCCCGAAGAACCAGACUUGUCAAGGCCCCAAUAAUGCCACCAAAUUCGCGGCCUCUAUCAAUAAUGUUUCUUUCUCAUUGCCCACAACGGCACUGCUUCAGGCCCAUUUCUUCGGGCAAUCGGCAGGGGUAUACAGGACAGAUUUUCCUGACAACCCGCCCAACAAGUUCAACUACACAGGGAUGCCACCCAAUAACACGAAUGUGAGCAAUGGCACUAGGGUGGAGGUCCUCGAAUUUAAUACGAGGGUGGAGCUGGUGUUGCAGGACACUGGGAUACUGUGGGUGGAGAGCCACCCUCUGCAUCUGCAUGGCUUCAAUUUCUUCGUGGUCGGACAGGGCUUCGGGAAUUACAAUCCCUCUACUGAUCCUGCCAAUUUCAACUUGGUGGAUCCUGUCGAGAGAAACACCAUUGGAGUGCCGAGCGGUGGUUGGGUGGCUCUCCGCUUCUUGGCUGAUAAUCCUGGUGUAUGGUUCAUGCAUUGUCACAUAGAGGCGCACAUAAGCUGGGGUCUCCGGAUGGCUUGGGUGGUAAAUGAUGGGAAGCUCCCGAACCAGAAGCUUCUUCCUCCACCAUCCCAUCUUCCCGCAUGUUGAGUUUUUGAUGGAAGCGAUUCACGUUCUCGUGGGGAUGCCCUUUUAAUUUAUUCCUUUUUGUGCCCAUUUUUUGGGUUUUUCCACUGAGAGGGUAUGACAGGAGAAGUUGAUGGUGGUUGUUUUAGAUUUUGCUUGUGAGUAACACAUGCGGUUGCAAUAAUCUAAAUUUUGUAAUGUUUUUUAAAUGAAGAAUAUGGUGUUUGUUUGUU